AUGCCUCGUGGUCAUAAGAGCAAGCUCCGUGCUAAGGAGAAACGCCGCCAAAACAGAGCUGAGAAACAAGGUGAUAAGAGUGCUCAGGCCCCUGCAGGAGAGGAAGAAGAGGCUGCUUGCUCCUCCUCUUCCAUUUUGGGGGAAGGUCCCUCAACCUCCACUGGUGCUGGCACUCUCCAGGCACCUCAGGGUGUCCUAGCCACCACCAGUGCAGCUGCAGGAGCUUCAGGUGAAACAUCUGCUGUAAAAGCCAAAGGCCAAGUUCAGCAAAGUAAAAAAUCCCCCCAGGCCUCAACGUCUGCUGAGAGUUCUGGCAAACGUCUACUAAGUAAGAAGGCGACUAUGUUGGUAGAGUACCUGCUGUAUCAAUAUAAAAGAAACCAGCCCAUUAAAAAGAGAGAUAUGCUGAAGAUCAUCCACAAGUGGUUCAGGAAGGACUUCCCUGAGAUCCUCAAGACAGCCUCUGAUCGCAUGGAUAUGUUCUUUGGCUUGGAAUUGAAAGAAGUUGAGCCCAAUGGUAAUACCUACACCCUUGUCAUCAGUCAAGAUAAGAGUCUGAGCAGCGGCUUCAGAUUUCCUAACAAAGGGCUUCUGAUGCCUGUUCUGGGUUUUAUCUUGUUGAAUGGCAACCGUGUCUCUGAGGCAGACACCUGGGUAUUCCUGAAUACUUUGGGUAUCUUUGAUGGAAAGAGUCACUUAAUAUUCGGGGAGCCCAGGAAGCUUAUCAACCAAGUUUUGGUGCAGGAAAAAUACCUGGUGUACCAGCCGGUGCCCAACAGUGAUCCUCCACGCUAUGAGUUCCUGUGGGGUCCAAGAGCCCACGCUGAGACCAGCAAGAUGAAAGUCCUCGAGUUUUGGGCUGAGCUCAAUGAUACUGUCCCCACUACCUUUGCGCUGCAUUAUGAAGAAGCUUUGAAAGAUGCGGAAGAGAGAGCCAGAGCCGAAGCUGCACCCAAGGCUGCCACUUCUCUCGAGGCCACAUCUAGCUGCUACCCUCAACCUGAGUGA